AUGUUGUUCAAUCGCCCUUCGAAUGAGAAGGGUGUGGCAUGGCCAGCUAUCUUAGUUGGCUUAUUCGCGUCAUUUGGCGGUAUUCUCUAUGGAUACGACACCGGGACUAUUUCUGGUAUCCAGACCAUGCCUUUCUGGAUCGAGGAAUUCAACCACCCUAACACUGGCCGUAUCGCCUUAAUUGUCUCUAUCUUGUCGGUUGGUACUUUUGUUGGUUCACUCGCUUCGGGUGUCCUGGCAGACAUUACUGGCCGAAGAUGGGGAAUCAUCUUAUCUGUUAUGUUACCUUUCAACCUUGGGGUUGCCCUCCAAACUGCUGCCACAUCGCAGCCAAUGUUCAUUGCUGGCCGCUUCUUCGCCGGUCUAGGAGUUGGUUUAGUUUCUGCACAAGUCCCCAUGUAUCAAUCCGAGACUUUGCCAAAGUGGAUUAGAGGCGCUGUUGUUGGUUGCUACCAACUGUGUAUCACGAUCGGCCUUUUCCUAGCCGCAGUUGUUAGCUGGGCAACGAAAGAUAGGAACGACAGUGGAAGCUAUCGUAUACCGCUUGCCGUUCAAUUUGCAUGGGCGCUGAUUCUGACUGGAGGAUUGCUCGUUCUCCCAGAGACCCCACGUUUUCUUAUUAAGAAAGGCAACGACGCCCAGGCUGUGAAGUCUUUGGCUUUCCUCCGCCGCUUAAAGGCCGAUGACCCACAACUCAUUUCUGAAUUUGAAGAGUUAAAGGGAAACUGGGAAUACGAGAAGACCAUCGGUUCCUCAUCUUACCUCGAAUGUUUCAAAGGUGCUGUCCUCAAGCGCACGCUUACUGGUAUUAUCCUUCAGUCUCUCCAGCAACUCGUCGGUAUCAACUUCAUUAUUUAUUACGGUACGAGCUAUUUCGCCACCAACGUCGAAGGACUUCCCGACUCCUUUAUAUUGCAAGUGAUUAUCAACUCGAUCAAUGUGGUUAUGACUCUCCCUGGUCUUUGGGCAGUUGAGCGAUUUGGGCGUCGUCCAGUCCUCCUGACCGGAGCACUUGGUAUGGGUAUCUCCCAGUACAUUGUUUCGGCGUGCGGCGCGGCGACCCCAAUUACGAAUUUCCCGUCACAGUGUGCCCAGUUCGCUUUUAUUUGCAUUUACGUCUCUUUCUUCGCAUCUACUUUUGGCCCUUGCGCCUGGGUUGUUACGAGUGAGAUAUUCCCCCUUCAGAAUCGUGCUAAAGGCCUUGCCAUGACAACUGCGGCGAACUGGUUCUUCAACUGGCUGUUGUCCUAUAUAACCCCUUACCUCACCGGAGCACUCAACCCAACCCAGUCCAACGUGUUCUGGAUUUGGGGCAGCUUCUGUUGGAUCGCUGCGGUGUUUGUCUACACCAUGAUUUACGAAACCAAGGGUUUAUCACUUGAGCGGGUCAACGCGCUCUACGAGAAUGAACCAAAGGCAUGGAAGAGCCCCGGUUAUCGAUCUGAACAUCGCGAGUUCUCUGUUACUUCUAUGGAUGAGAAAUGA